UUUCUAUAUUAAAUUUCUACAAAUAUAUGCAUCGUGGAGUCUCAGUGGGUCUGCCGCAGCUGGUGAAGUGUGUUAGUGCCACAUGCCCACAUCCACCUGCCAUAACACACAGAUUGACACACAAUCAGAUCUAAGUACGUAGGCACUACUUAUUACUUUAUAAAAGCUGAUGAUGAUGCAAUCGUGUCAUUUUGCUAUGUUUCGUGUUGUUGAAGUACAAAGUUUGGAUCAGAAAGUGUGAAUUUGGAGCAAAUCGAUGAUGGUCAAGUAUUCUGUUGUUGUGGAACGAAACUGAUAAUUACAUAUACUCAUACAGAGAAAGUAGUAGUUGGAAGAGGAGAUGAUGCUGAGGAUUGCAAAGCCUAAAGUCUCUAUCAGAAUCUUAACACAUUUAAUUUUUGGGGCACCUACUUUAACUCGGAGAAGCUACUCAUCUGGGGUUAAAGUUAAACAGAUGAUGGUUAGAGAAGCACUAAAUUCUGCCCUUGAUGAGGAAAUGGCAGCUGAUCCUAGAAUAUUCUUAAUGGGUGAAGAGGUUGGGGAAUACCAAGGUGCUUACAAGGUCUCUAAAGGACUCUUGCACAAGUAUGGCCCUGACAGAGUUGUUGAUACCCCAAUUACUGAGGCUGGAUUUACUGGACUCGCUACCGGAGCCGCAUAUUAUGGACUUAGGCCUGUCUUGGAGUUCAUGACCUUUAACUUUGCCAUGCAGGCAAUAGACCAUCUGAUUAACUCUGCUGCCAAAACACACUACAUGUCUGGUGGGAACAUUAGUGUUCCUAUUGUUUUCCGAGGACCGAAUGGUGCUGCUCUAGGUGUUGGUGCUCAGCACUCUCAGUGUUAUGCUCCAUGGUAUGGGUCUGUCCCUGGCUUGAAAGUUGUGGCGCCAUAUUCAUCUGAAGAUGCGAGAGGACUUCUAAAAGCAGCUAUCAGAGAUCCCGAUCCGGUUGUUUUCCUUGAGAAUGAGUUAUUGUAUGGCGAGUCUUUUCGUGUGUCGGAAGAAGUUCUUGAUCCAAACUUUACCCUUCCCAUAGGGAAAGCAAAGAUAGAGAAAGAGGGGACAGAUGUGACAAUUACAGCAUUCUCACGGAUGGUUGGCUAUGCUCUCAAGGCUGCAGAGACGCUUGCGAAGGAGGAUAUAAAUGCUGAGGUCAUUAAUAUUAGGUCAAUUAGGCCAUUAGACAGAUCUUCAAUCAAUGCUUCGGUGAGAAAAACAAACAGGCUAGUUACUGUUGAAGAAGGAUUUCCUCAACAUGGUGUCGGCGCUGAAAUCUGUGCUUCAGUUGUCGAGGAAAUAUUCGAGUACCUUGACGCCCCGGUUGAAAGGAUUACUGGUGCAGAUGUUCCAAUGCCUUAUGCUGCCAAUCUUGAAAGGAUGGCUCUUCCACAGGUUGAAGACAUUGUUCGAGCAGCCAAGAGGGUGUGUUACAAAUCCAUUUCCAUGGCAGCUGCUGUUUGAGUUUUGUAAUCUCCACUCCUACUUGCACGCUUUUAGUUUUGUAAUAUAAAUGUGAAGAUGUUCAGCCUAGCCAAUUAGGGCUUUUUAUUACUUGAGGUGAAUUCGAAUAUAAUGCAUCUUGGUGGAAAAUAAUUAGUAUCGGACUAAGAAUAAUGUUUGUGGGAAAUGCCCAACUGGUAUUGGACAGAAUAUGCUAGAGACCUGGAUUGAGCGAAUAUGAGGAAGUUUGAAGUCUAAAUUCCUUGACUGAUGUUGGAAUAACUCGAAAUCAAUUGAUUCCAAUGAAAUCCUAUCUCAUUCAACACAGUAAAUACGGGAUUGAGUAAUCCAUUUUUAUAAAUGGAUAAAGUAUUAGAUAA